GCGGCGGGGGAGGGGACAGAGGCGGGGCCGGGGCGGGUUGUUGUGGGGCGACUGCGCUACGGCCCGACCGGGGCGGUGAUGGCGGCUCCAUAUUAACACCUCCUCCUCCUCCUCCGCGCUCCCGCCCGCGCCCGUCAGCCGUCUCCCCCUUCCCUGACGCCACCUCUCCCCCUCCUCUACCAUGCCCGGCAUGAUGGAGAAAGGGCCCGAAUUACUGGGGAAGAACCGAUCGGCCAACGGCGGCGCCAAGAGCCCGGCGGGCGGCGGCGGCGGCGGCUCCUCGGCCAACGGCGGGCUGCACUUCUCGGAGCCCGAGAGCGGCUGCAGCAGCGACGACGAGCACGGGGAUGUUGGGAUGAGAGUCGGAGCUGAAUACCAAGCUCGGAUCCCUGAAUUCGAUCCAGGUGCUACCAAGUACACAGAUAAAGACAAUGGAGGGAUGCUUGUGUGGUCGCCUUACCACAGUGUCCCAGAUGCCAAAUUGGAUGAAUACAUCGCCAUUGCAAAAGAGAGGCAUGGCUACAAUGUGGAACAGGCACUUGGCAUGUUGUUCUGGCACAAACAUAACAUUGAGAAGUCCCUUGCGGAUCUCCCCAAUUUCACUCCCUUUCCGGAUGAGUGGACAGUGGAAGACAAAGUCCUAUUUGAACAAGCCUUUAGUUUUCACGGGAAGAGCUUCCACAGGAUUCAACAAAUGCUUCCAGAUAAGACAAUUGCAAGUCUUGUAAAGUAUUAUUAUUCUUGGAAAAAAACUCGCUCAAGGACAAGUUUGAUGGAUCGCCAGGCCCGUAAACUAGCCAAUAGACACAAUCAGGGUGACAGUGAUGAUGAUGUGGAAGAAACACACCCAAUGGACGGGAAUGACAGUGACUAUGACCCAAAAAAAGAAGCCAAGAAAGAGGGUAACACUGACCAGCCUGUCCAAACCAGCAAGGUUGGCCUCGGCAGGAGAGAGUACCAGAGCUUGCAACACCGCCAUCACUCACAACGGUCCAAGUGCCGCCCACCCAAGGGCAUGUAUUUAACCCAGGAGGACGUGGUGGCUGUUUCCUGUAGUCCCAACGCAGCCAACACCAUCCUGAGGCAACUGGACAUGGAGCUGAUCUCUCUAAAGCGUCAGGUUCAGAAUGCUAAGCAAGUAAACAGUGCCCUUAAGCAGAAAAUGGAAGGUGGAAUUGAAGAGUUCAAACCUCCUGAGUCAAAUCAGAAAAUUAAUGCCCGUUGGACCACAGAGGAGCAGCUUCUAGCAGUGCAAGGUGUCCGCAGAUAUGGUAAAGAUUUUCAAGCUAUUGCAGAUGUAAUUGGCAACAAGACUGUUGGCCAAGUGAAGAACUUCUUUGUAAACUACAGGCGUCGGUUUAACUUAGAGGAGGUAUUGCAGGAGUGGGAAGCAGAACAAGGAAUCCAGGCUUCUAAUGGUGAUGCCUCCGCUUUAGGGGAGGAGACAAAAAGUGCUUCUAAUGUGCCGUCAGGAAAGAGCACUGACGAAGAAGAGGAGGCACAGACCCCACAGGCUCCUCGGACUCUGGGUCCAUCACCUCCUGCCCCAUCACCCACUCCAACACCAACAGUCCCCAUUGCCACUCUGAACCAGCCUCCACCACUUCUUCGUCCAACACUGCCUGCUGCCCCUGCUCUUCACCGGCAACCUCCUCCACUCCAGCAGCAGGCUCGGUUCAUCCAACCCCGGCCAACUCUCAACCAGCCUCCACCACCUCUCAUUCGCCCUGCUAACUCUAUGCCACCCCGCCUAAACCCAAGACCAGUGCUGACCACGGUUGGUGGUCAGCAGCCACCUUCACUCAUUGGAAUCCAGACAGAUUCACAGUCCUCACUGCACUAAAAGUCAAACUGGACAAAUUGGCGGUUCUUUCUCAGCCAUCAUUAUACCAGUACUCAUCUGAUCCAAAAGAGGAAAACAUCCUUCCUAGAUACUGAGGCUGCAGACUAGUUCUGUGGCAGUGGACUAGAGUGAGUGGGUGUGACACCCAGGGAGCCUCCUUUCCAGUGUUCAACCAGUGGGAUCUCAUGGGAGGAAAAGGAUUCUAUAUACCAAGGGGGUUUUGUUUAUUUUCACUCUAUUUAUUUUGUUGAGGUUUCUUAUUUUCCUGCCUCUUCUUACUCAAAGCUGUUAGUACAAAAAUAUUGACUUAAGAAUUGUAAAAACUCCUUAAGUUCCUUAAGGAUUUUUAGCUUUUUGCUUUUUUUCUUUAAUUUAAAUUUUUAAAAAAAAACACUUUCCUAUGUUAGGAGUGCAAGAAUAAAUAGCCUGCAUUUCAGAUUUUGAUAUGUUCAUAUUCAUAUUUAAGAAAUUAUAGCUUCAUAACCCUUUUUUCAAAAUAUGUUGCUUUUUUUCUAAAGGAAUUCUAGUAUAUUCCUUUAAAAGAAAGCAAUUAAAUCAAUUGCAAAGCAAUUAUAUGAAACCACAAAGAAUGUAUUGAACCUGAUAAUCCUUUAACAUAGUUUGGGGUCCUAGCUCAAAGUCCUUGUUUAAAGGUCGUUGACCCUGUUGUCUAUCAGUAAUAGAGGUUUGGAAUCAUUUACUUGCAGAAAAAGGACUUAAAAUUUGGUGAGAUAUAAUGUUUUUAAGUUCUUUGAAAAUGUUAAUUUUGAAAAAAAAUGUUUCUAAAUGCUAUUCGCUUCUAGCUAGUAUCUGCCUGUGUUGGGAAUUUAGAACGGAAUAUAUUUUGUCAGUUAUGUAGAGAUGGUGGCUACAGCAGCAUUUAUUUACAGUCUAUCUUCUGAACUUAAAGUUGCUCUCAUACUCAUUAGUAAGGUCUUCAUUUGAUACGAAGGGUGUUUUUCCUUUUUUUGAUAAAUCUCUACUGUACAUUUGUGCGGUUCUUGCAGCCAGCCUGUGCUUGUGGUUUGAUUUACGGUUAAAUCAUCAGCACCCUUCACAAGAUGAACUUGAGAGUCUGUUGUGUUAUUGCAAUAAUUGUGCCGUUAACUAAAGUACUGAGACCCGGGUUUUUGUUUUGAAGAAACAGACUGAAAGUCUUUUUAUUCCAACAUGAAAUCAUUAGCACCACAAAGAAUACUUUACAAUGGUAGCAUUUCGACAGUGUGUUCCUGAUAGUUUUGAUAGAAUGAUUUCAGAUUGGAAGCAUGGCUUGUUGCAAAGGGACAGAUUGCUAGUGUGUCAGGCUGCCCACCUCAAAGGGGUCAUGUAUUCCCUAAGUGUUGGGAAAAUAGUCCCUUUAUGUAAAGGCUCCCCAGCCUUAAGGAGCCCUAGAUUUAAAGUCAUUGGUCAGUUUUAACUUUCAGGUUUCCCUUGAUAAGGUCCCUCCAUUCCGACAGAACUGAAAGCGGCCUGCAGGAGAGGCCCCUUUUUCUCAUUGGAUCACCUUAAUCGUUUAUGCCCCAUAUAAACUGUAACUGAUUUAAAAGUAAUAUUAAAGAGUUUAUACUUAUUUUUACUUUAAAAGCCAUGGAAGACGGUUAUGUAUCGUGAACUGUCUAGAACGUUCUCUUUGAAGCUCUUGUCUUGUGUGUGUACAUAUUCCACCUGGACAGCUCUCAUUGUCUUGUCUCCUGUCGGAAGACUUCAGUACAGUCUGGGGAAAUGUCAGUAAGUCCGUCAGCACCCUCUGUCCAGAUGUUCAGUAUCUUGUGAUUCAUUUAAAAUCUGCUCUGUCCCAGACAUGGGCCUCGGUGCUGUACCUGAGGGAUGUGUUGCAGUUUUACUCACAAACACUAGCGCACACGGCAGGAAAACCGUAGACUCGUUCGUGAUAUGACACAUGUAUAUAGUGAGAUGUCUUUAUUGUGUGCUUUGCAUACUUUGUAAAUAAUUUGCACGUCAUUAUUUUCCUUUCUGUUGGAGCAGUGUUUGGCCUGGAAGAGAAAUAUGCUUGCCGCUUAAAGGAUUAAAGAUUUAAAGGUG